AUGAGAGUAUUAUAUAAAAUUAAUUCGAUAGUUAAAUUUAAUAUUUUUAAAAGAAAGAAGCUCACAAGUAAGGAAAUAUUAUACUUAAUUAUCUUUACAUUAUAGUUAAUUUGUCUUUGCUUAACAAAAACCAGUGUUUGCAAUAUGUAAAAGUUGGAUUCUAAAUAGCUAUUUCUAUAUUGUGAUAAUAUUGACCAUAAUGGAUAUAUUGAUAACUAUGUCUAUAAUAAUUUAUUAUGGUCGAAAGUUAAAGAAAGUUUUAGUUUAUGUAAAACAAAGAUUCUCUUCAAAUAAAAAUGAAAGCCACUAGUACAGUAUUUAAAGUCCUUUUUUUGAAGCAGAUCUACCAAACGAAAAGAUUCAUUAAAUUUAGGUGGUAGUGUAUUCAAUAACAAUUAAUACAAUAUUGUACAUAAUUAUAAUUUUAAUACUUUUUUGGAGUGACUAAAAUCUAUUAUGUAAUUUUGAGGAAGAUGACAAAUUAGAUGUGAAAAAUAAUAUAAUGAUCUUUAUAUUUACAGCCACAUAAUUAUUUCCAUGCUUUAUGGUUCCAUACGCAUUUAACUAUAGAGUAAAAGAAAAUCCAAUUAAGUAAUCUAAUUUAUUAUUAUAAGUGAUGAUGGAUUAGAAUUCACAAGAGAACGGGCUGCAUCAUCCAAAUUUUAGAUGGAUGAAAGUAAUGACAUUUUUGUACAAAGAUUGACAAGAGGUCGAACAAAAUAAGAUGAUGAAUGA